AUGCGCACUGGAGAGCAAGAAGAUGGGAAAAAUGGCACUGACUAUGAUGAUGAAAGUAGAAACAACCAGGAGCAGAGUUCAAUGGGAAAAGGACAUAAGGAUUCCUUGCUGUAUCCCAGUGGUGGGGUUAUGAAGAUGGGGUCACUGGGACUGCCUUUGAUCCCCCCUAUACGCAAGGCAGAAAGUCCCCAUGUUGGCAGUGCUGCAGGGUCUCUGCACAGCUCUCUGCAGCUGGAUGUCCAGAAGCCCCAGGAGAUGAGGUCGAGAUCCAGCAGCCAAAGCAAAGAGAAGAUGUCUGAACAUGCAGGUCUGACUGGCUACACUCUCGCCAAGAGGUCUGCCCUGGAAAAUCCCUCUAGUCCCACCAAGCCAUUGGUUUCCAUUUGGAAGAGCUCUCCUUCUACCGAGCCAAACAAGACGGGCACUGGAGAGCAAGAAAAUGGGAAAAAUGGCACUGGCUAUGAUGAUGAAAGUAGAAACAACCAGGAGCAGAGUUCAAUGGGAAAAGGACAUAAGGAUUCCUUGCUGUAUCCCAGUGGUGGGGUUAUGAAGAAGGGGUCACUGGGACUGCCUUUGAUCCCCCCUAUACGCAAGGCAGAAAGUCCCCAUGUUGGCAGUGCUGCAGGGUCUCUGCACAGCUCUCUGCAGCUGGAUGUCCAGGAGCCUCAGGAGAUGAGGUCGAGAUCCAGCAGCCAAAGCAAAGAGAAGAUGUCUGAACAUGCAGGUCUGACUGACUACACUCUCGCCAAGAGCUCUGCCCUGGCAAAUCCCUCUAGUCUCUCCAAGCCAUUCGUUUCCAUUUGGAAAAGAUCUUCUUCUGCGAAGCCAAACAAGACGGGCACUGGAGAGCAAGAAAAUGGGAAAAAUGGCACUGGCUAUGAUGAUGGAAGUAGAAACAACCAGGAGCAGAGUUCAAUGGGAAAAGGACAUAAGAGAAAUAUAAACAACCAACACAUUCCAACCCUGAACUCAGUGGUGGUUACAGAUAGAAAGUCCAAUAAAACAGGGACCUCCUUGGUUGAAGACAAAUAAAAGCAACAACACCUAAGCAAAGGAGUAGUAGCUCUCUUACCUGGCUUAGCAGCUCCAUAUGUUCAGAGGAAUUAUAGUCUAACUGGCUACACUCUCGCCAAGAGGUCUGCCCUGGCAAAUCCCUCUAGUCUCUCCAAGCCAUUCGUUUCCAUUUGGAAGAGCUCUCCUUCUACCGAGCCAAACAAGAUGCGCACUGGAGAGCAAGAAAAUGGGAAAAAUGGCACUGGCUAUGAUGAUGAAAGUAGAAACAACCAGGAGCAGAGUUCAAUGGGAAAAGGACAUAAGGCUUCCUUACUGUAUCCCAGUGGUGGGGAUAUGAAGAAGGGGUCACUGGGACUGCCUUUGAUCCCCCCUAUACGCAAGGCAGAAAGUCCCCAUGUCGGCAGUGCUACAGGGUCUCUGUACAGCUCUCUGCAGCUGGAUGUCCAGGAGCCCCAGGAGAUGAGGUCGAGAUCCAGCAACCAAAGCAAAGAGAAGAUGUCUGAACAUGCAGAGCUCUGCAAUCUGGAACCUGUCUUGCCUGUUGCCCAGCAUGAAUUUUAGGACUUGAAAUCUACCAGAGAUUUACAUGAACCUUUGCUUCCAGUACCAGGCCUCCCAGUGAGCCAGGUCAAGGAGACGGAUCAUCCCACCAGUCCUGGUCUUAUGAGUGACGAAGACUUGAGAGACAGCUUUGGAAAGGUCCGUGCUCCAUUGUGCAAGUUGGCUGAAAAGAACUUAGAGCGAAAGAAAAUUGAGCUGUUGGAGAGAGAGAUGAAGAAAAGGAGACAAACAGAAAUGUCUUUACAGCUGCCUCCACAGACAGUUGAGCCCAGGGAUGCAGCUGAAGCAAGUUUUAGCCUGCCACCUGUCAAUGACACAGCUUUCAGUGUGCUGAGAAAUCACUCUGGUUAUGCCUUGAAGAAGAAGGUCUUGAAGAAGCAGGACAAGGUGCCCAGAAUGCCCAUGAUCCAUGAGGAAGGCAGUAUCCCAUGCAACUCCUCAGUGACCUCGCAGACGGCCCCUGGUGCCAAGCGCCGAGAGGAGCUGCUCCGUGGGCGUGGGCACAAGGACACAGCCUCUGCUGAGCCACAGCAGGCCUUGCUCCAGGCACUCUCCUGGCUCGACAGCGAUGACUGGGAGAAGAAAGAGAAGGGACUCAUCAGCAUCAAACACCUGGCUGGGUCCCAUUCAGAAGUCCUGCUUCCUAGACUUCGUGACAUUUGCUGGGCAGUUACCAGUGAGGUGACCAACCUGCGCACAAAGGUGUCCUACUCAGCCAUUGUCACUCUGGGAGAGCUCUUUGUGACCUUGAAGAAGGACAUGGACUCUGAAGUGGAUGAGGUAGCUCGAGUCCUUCUCCAGGUGCUGUGCAACUCCCCGGAGUUUGUUGAGAGAGCAGCCACUCAGACCCUGGGCAUCAUGGUGGAGAAUGUGACUCCUGCACGAGCAAUGGCUGCUCUCCUGGACAGUGGAGUCAAGAGCCGCCAAGUCCAGAUGCGGAAGUGUGCGGCCAAACUGCUCCUGUCCCUGAUGGAGAGAAUUGGAGUCACGGAGCUGGCAGGCACAGCCAGGGCUGAGAGGCUGGCACACGCAGCAGGGAUACUUGCUCAGGACUGUCACAAGGACACAAGGCAUUAUGGCCAGGAGAUGGUGAGGAUGUUGAUGUGUCAUCAAAAAUGUAAAAUGUUUUUGGAACGGUCCGUUCUCCCCCAUGAUCUGGAUGAUAUUCUGAGAAGAAUUAAGAAGAAAGGGAUGGUAGAGCAGAAAGGUGAAUGCCCAUCUGUCAAGAAGCCCGUGAAGAAGAGGAGCGAUGGCUCGAAGAAGCCCCAGGCCCCAUUGCCUUCUAGUCAAAGGGUGAAGUCGACCUCUGAUGGACGCCUCCUGCACCAGCCAAAAGCCCAGGUCACAUUACCUCCGGCUGUGGAUGAAACGGAGAUGCUCCAGAAGCUUUACAGUCUCCUGGAAGCCAAGGGCUUUGAGGCACGGAUGGAAGGAGUGGCUUUGCUCCUAGCCCUGUGCAAAAACAACCCCAAGCUCAUUGCCACUAACAUUGUCCAAAUUUUCGAUUAUUUUGUCCUGAGAAUAUCUGACACACAUAAGAGAGUGAAACAGAUGGCACUGGAUGUGCUGGCAGAAAUCGUAACCAUUCUGAAAGAUGCUUUGAACCCAGUGAUCAUCCGUGUGGUGGAAGGCAUAGUAAAGAACCUGAACUCAAAGGACUCUGGGGUUCAUGCUGCAGCUGUGAACGCUCUGGAAAAAUCCAUGGCUCAUUUAGAUAAAGUAUCACUGAUGAAAGAGUUCAGCCACCGAUGGAGUCAACUGAGUGGCCAAGCUCUGCUGGAUGUCACAGAGCGUAUCGCAGAGCUUGUGGAAGGAGUUUAUGCCAGGAGCCCUGAAGUCAUCCAGCGCUCCGCCCUGCCCGUGCUCUGGUCCUUGCUGGGGAACAAGGCGCUGCCUGUGCGGAGCGCCAACGUGCGCGCUGUGAUCACCAGGCUUGCCUCUGCCCUCUACAAUGUGAUGGGCACCAAACUGAAGAAGUGUGCUGCCAGCCAGCCCCCACAUGUGUGGGAAAGACUCUCCAACAUCUUGGGCUGGUGA